GUAUUGUAUUCGUUUCUGUAUGUCUGUGAGGAGUUAAAUGCAUGUGGGGGAGAGAGGGAGAGAGGGAGGGAGAGAUAAAACAGGAAUUUUGCAAAGGAAAUCUGAGGCAGGCUUUGGCAGACCCAGCAAAUGAAGAAAAAACACUAACAUAAUUAACUACUGACCCACCAUAUCCUCCACCACUAUCACUCUCACUCUCACUCACUACUUAGGAUUUCCCUGUUAAGAGCCUGCUCAAUCAAAGUUGUAGCAUAAAACCCGGGAGAGCCCUCUCUUUCUUUGGAGGAGUGAUAUAGUUCAGGAUCAGAUCCGCAUAUGCAUGUAUAACAUUAUUACGUAGGACAGAGAAAAUAAAAACACUUUAACCUAGAGAGAGAGGGGGAGAGAGAGAGAGAGAAGUGAUUUGUAGCAAAGCCAAGUGAACGAAACUAGUAGAAAGGACGAGGUAACAAAGUUAAUUUGUGAGGGAUAGGAUAUAGCAAGAGAUCUAGAGAGAGAGAGAAUGGAAGGUGGUUCCAAUGGCACUUGUAGUAUGAUGGCUUUUGGAGAAAGCAGCAGUAAUGGAGGAGGAAUGUGUCCAAUGAUGAUGAUGCCUCUAAUGACUUCAUCACAUCAUGCUGAUCACUCUCACCAUCAUCAUCAUCAUCAUCAACCUAUGAACCCUAAUCCUAAUGCAGAUGCACACAAUACUAGUACGACUCAUCAGUUCCAGCUUCCCCAGUUGCCUCCGUCCAACAACCAUCACGACCGGCAUAACACAAGCGGCGGCUCCUCCUUCGUUCUCCACAACCCAGCUGCCGCCUCCUAUUUCAUGGACAACAACAACAAUAAUGAAGGUGUUGGCGGCAGCUCUUUUUCUUCUUCAUCUUCAAUUGUCAAGGCUAAGAUCAUGGCUCAUCCUCACUAUCACCGCCUCUUGGCCUCCUAUAUCAACUGUCAAAAGGUUGGAGCGCCGCCUGAAGUGGUGGCGAGGCUGGAAGAAGCGUGCGCAUCGGCGGCGACAAUAGGUCAAAUGGUGAGUAGUAGUAGUGGAUCAGGAUCUCUCGGUGAAGAUCCAGCUUUGGAUCAGUUCAUGGAGGCCUACUGCGAGAUGCUCACCAAGUAUGAGCAAGAACUCUCUAAACCCUUCAAGGAAGCCAUGAUCUUCUUCCAAAGAAUCGAGUCCCAAUUCAAAGCCCUUACUCUUUCUUCUUCUUCCGAUUCUGCAGGUUAUGGCGAGGGAAUUGAUAGGAAUAACGGAUCAUCUGAAGAAGAGGUUGAUGUUAACAACUUCAUAGAUCCGCAAGCGGAAGACAGGGAGCUUAAAGGUCAGCUAUUGCGCAAGUACAGUGGAUAUUUGGGUAGUUUGAAGCAGGAGUUCAUGAAGAAGAGGAAGAAGGGGAAGCUGCCUAAAGAAGCCAGGCAACAACUGCUUGAUUGGUGGAGCCGUCAUUACAAAUGGCCUUAUCCAUCGGAGUCGCAGAAGCUAGCUCUGGCAGAAUCAACGGGGCUGGACCAAAAGCAGAUAAACAACUGGUUCAUUAACCAAAGGAAGCGGCAUUGGAAGCCGACGGAGGAUAUGCAGUUCGUGGUGAUGGAUGCUAGCCACCCCGGCCACUACUACAUGGACGGUGUCUUGGGAAAUCCAUUUCCCAUGGAUAUCUCUCCCACAUUGCUCUGAAUUAAGAUGACAAGCAAUUAGUACGCUGCUAAUUAGAUAUAUUUAAAAUGUGUUAUUGUGGAACGCCGAUGCAUUUCUUAACAACUUAUCUAUUAAUUCCUUUUGACUAUGGAUUGUGAUUAAUGUCUCACAAUCAUGCAUGUGUUCCUGCGUCCUACAAUGUAUGUAGUAUAAAAUGUGACAAUUUAAUUGUUAACCAAUAUAAAUAGUGGGUUCUUAAUGUGCUGA